AUGAUUGAAAUUGUUGCAGAUAUCUUGCGCGGUCCAGUUUUUCUUGCAGGUGAAACACUUCAUUGUACGAUUAGAUUUACAAAUAAAACAACAUCUUCAUCAACCACAGCGCCAAAUGUUGAAACACUUUCAACUGGAACGAAUGUAAAAGAAUAUGAUCAAACAGUUUCAAAAUCUUCAAACAGUGUUGAAAAGCUUUCAUGGGCAAGUGUUCAGUUACAUUGUCAACGUUAUGUCAAUGAACAAAAAGUAAAUCUUCAACGACAAGCGAUCAACGUUAAAACAACAUCGUCAGCUAGUAACAAUAAUACUGUAGUAAAAGAAGUCAUUCCUGCUGAUUCAACGGCUUUUAUUGCAACUAAAGGUGAAACUGGACAAACAAUUUACACAUCGAAGCCGUGUGUACUGUUUUGUGAUUUGAAAUUACAGCCAGGGGAAAUUUCUUAUAGUGAAACAAUUGCAACUCAUGUUGCACCAUCAUUUCGAGGACAGUAUGUCAAAUAUUCUUAUAAAUUGACUAUUGGCACCCAACGUGUAAACUGUCCAACAACAUUAAUACGUGUUCCAUUUCGUGUACUUGUUGUUCCAGAUUUGGAAAAGUAUCUGAGAUUAGAUAAAACAACGAUUACAAAUCACAAUGUUAAUAAUAAUCCUUUUGUAUCUUCGUCCAGAACAGAAACUGAUUCACUCACAACAGCCCUCGACGUAUUACAAACAUUAUCAGCUCGCCAACAUCAAAAUGUGUACAAUAUAAGCAAUAGUCAUGGACGUGUCUGUCGCAUAUCGUUAUUUAAAAACAGUUUCAAAUUAGGCGAAGAUAUAUUGGGUAUUGUGGACUUUGAUUUAGCUGAUGUUCCUUGUGUACAGUACAUCGUAACACUUCAAAGCGAAGAAAUUUUAAAUCCAAUUUAUCGUCGAAAAUCUACUCAAGGUUCAAAUAUAACAUCUUAUACGAAACAAGCAGAAUUUUGUUUAUCAACCAAACAGUCUUAUUUAUCAUUAUCUGUUCCUUUGCCUUGUUCUCCAACAUUUUCUAUGGAUUUGAUUUCACUUCGUUGGAAAUUACAUUUUGAAUUUGUUACAUCUAAAGUACAAUUUCCAAUUUUAUCAUCGUCAAGUGAUCCAUCGAUGAGUACAACGUGGUUACCAUCGAAUUCAAUCGAUGUUGAAACAAUGGUCUGGGAUUUACCUAUUAAAAUACUCCCAACAAAUCCAUAUUUUGCGAAUAAUGUGGCCAAAAUGACACAAGCAUUUUUAUUUACUGGACAGUAUCGUUCACAUCCCGAUCAAGAUUACAGUAGAGUAGCUCACUCAUCAAGUCGAGAUGAUUUUAUUAAUCGUACGAAUUCGGAACGUAAACAACGAGAGCUCAAAAGACAACAACUAUGGGCAUCAAUUAAAAUCCAAAGUUACUACAGACGUUUAUUAGCUAAAAGGAAAUUGACACAAUUAGCUAGAUCACAUAUAUCUAGUUUAAUACAGAAACAAAAAAACACGACCGUAGUCGAUGAAAACGUGUUGUUACGUUUGUCGGUCUUAUUAAAGUUUGGUUUUAAUCCCACACAAGAUGCUGUUAUACUUAUGUCACUUAUUGAAAUAUACUGGAAACAUAAAGAAAAUAUCGUCACCAAACUUAUUGAAGAAGAUCCCGCAUCAUCCUCGUUGCGAAUAGCAAUUGGCAAAAUGUUAAUUUAUACCGUCAGAUGUUUAUCAAAUUUUGAAUUAACUCAGAGGCCAAUACGUUUUAUUGAAUGGUUUACAGAUGUAAAUAGUUAUUAUACUCAGAUGUGUUCGGUUAUUCAAGCAAAAGUUCCCUCGAGUGUUGGCAAAAAUUCGCGUAUAUUGGCUAUUGAUCCAAUUAUUGAGAUGAUAGCCAGACCAAUUGAAUCCAUUUCGUUGGAUCAAUCUGUAAGGUGGGGAAAUUGUUUAGAUGAAGCAAUUAUAGCUCUACGAAAUGAACUAUUUUCACGAUCAGAUUUACCAGCAUUACCAUUAAUUAUUACACCAGCACUUGUUAAACGUCCAAAAUUUCCUAUUUUACGUUAUAUUGAACUAUAUAAUGUGAAUAUGGUAGCUUCAGCCUACGAAGAAUCAAAGAAAUUAUUUCAAUUACAUUCAUUACUUUUAAUGUUAGAUAAUAAAAUUGAUGAAAUACCAUCAUCUUUAUCUGUACAAGUUGUAUCAAUUGUACGUUAUCUGAUCUCUGGUCUUAUUAAAACGACACAUAUAGAAAAUUUAAUGGAAAAUAUCGAUGAUGAUGAUAAUAAUCCAGACGAUAGAAUGGAUUUUACAUCUUCAAAUAAUGAUGAAAAAUACUAUGAACUAAUUGAUGACUGUUUAAAUAUAUUAGAUAAACGAUCGGUUUCGUCAUUUUUUCUUAAAUCAGUCUCAACAAUUAACAAUUCCACUCUUCAUGUAAUUGAUAGAGAUUAUCUUAUAAAUUUGGCCGUUAUAGCUCAUGCAUUGAUAUUCCAUUGUAAUAUGCAAAUUCUUCGUUCAAGUUUUCUUAUGGGUCUGAGUACAGCACCGUUGUUUCUAAGACAAUUAUGGACUGUCUGUUGUACACUGAGAUGUGAAUCGGAUUAUAGAGAUGUUCUUUUAAUAUCGCAUAUAUCAUGUGGUAGUACACAAUUAAAAGAUAGUGACAUUAAUCGUAUUGAGCCAUUAUUAAUGACGUUUUGUUCAAUGUACAGUAUGUCACUUGUACCAUUACAUGAUGAUGAAUUUUGGGAUGGAAUGCCUGCCACUGCCUUUCUGAUCAAUGAAGUACCCGAUAUUGUAAAAACCUUACGUGAUGUUUGUAUGGGAAUAAUACGAUACAUGUAUCCCGAUAAACAAAUUGCUAUUCAGUCGAAUAAUAAUACCAAUAAUGUUGAAUUUUCAACUAGUUCACAAUCAAUAUCAGAUAGGGAAAUUUCCUCGGCAAGAGCAACGAAUCUUAUCAAACGACGUGCAGCACAAUUCUGGAUUAUUUUCAAGGUGAUUGUACAGUUACUACAACAACUUCGAUCAAGAGAUGUUCGUCGUUGUUUUUGUCCGGCUGAAUAUUGGCUUACAAAUCAGUAUUCUCUUAAACUGGAUAAACUUUAUAUACUUUCAUUUGCACGUGGACUAUCUGAACCAUCAUUAUUAUCACCCAAAGCAUAUUUUAAUCGUGAUAGUCGUGGACCGGAUCCAUUCACAUUUUCUGUCACUGAACUACGUCUAUUCACUAUAUUACAACAAAUCCCAUUUGUGAUUCCGUUUCCAAUUCGUGUUCAGGUAUUGAAUUUACUUAUACAACAAAAUAAAAAUGAACAACAACAUGGUGCUGAAUUUUUACAAAGUGAUUCAAUUAAUGUGCGAAUACGUCGAGAGUAUAUCUACGAAGAUGCAUUUGAAAAACUUAGUAUAGAAAAUGAACCAAAUCUACGAAAAAAAAUUCGUGUUAGUUUUAUUAAUCCGAUUGGUCUUGAAGAAGCCGGUAUUGACGGUGGUGGAUUAUUUCGUGAAUUUAUGAAUGAAUUGUUAAAGUCAGCAUUUAAUCCCAUACGUGGAUUAUUUAAAUUGACCAGUGACGGUUAUUUAUAUCCAAAUCCAAACAUCGGUUUUAUUGAAUCAAAUUUUGGCUUGCAUUAUUAUUUUCUCGGUCGAAUGUUAGGCAAAGCAAUAUAUGAAAAAUUUCUUGCAGAACUGCCAUUUGCAACAUUUUUUCUACAAAAAAUUCUUAGUCGUUCAUCAGGAAAAGUUGACAUACAUCAUUUGGCUUCGCUUGAUCCAGAAAUGUACAAAAAUUUACUAUAUUUGAAAAAUUAUAAUGGCAACGUUGAAGAUUUGGGACUCGAUUUUACAAUUGUAAACAGUGAAAUUGGCCAAACACAAAUUAACGAACAAGUAUUGAAAUUUCGAGAAGGACUUGGAGAUGUUGUUAAUCUUGAAUGGUUGAGAAUGUUUGAUGCAAAUGAACUGAGAAUAUUGAUAUCUGGAGUGAGUGGAGAUAUUGAUGUGAACGAUUGGCGAAAACAUGCACAAUAUAGAGCUCCUUAUAACAAGGAUCAUCCAGUUGUACAAGCAUUUUGGAGAAAUGUGCAUGAUUUUACAGAAAAUCAAAAACGUCAAUUACUCAAAUUUACAACAAGUUGUUCAAGGCCGCCAUUAUUCGGUUUCAAAGAAUUAUAUCCAGAAUUUUGUAUUCAGUCAGCUGGUCCAGAAACUGAUCGCUUACCAACAUCAAAUACUUGUGUAAAUUUAUUGAAAUUACCAGAAUAUCAAGAUGAAAAUGUUUUGAAAGAAAAACUGUUAUAUGCAAUACAAUCAAGUUCUGGUUUUGAAUUUAGUUAA